AAAAUGCAUUUUUCGAUGAUUUAAAAGAUUUAUCAGAAACUGCUGAAGCUUAUGGCGUAGGAUAUGAUAUUGUUGAAGCUGCUGGUCAUGAAAUUAUGCUUGAUAUUACAUGGGAAGAUGCUGCUAAAGUUGUUUUUGAUAGAAUUCAAGAAAGGAUUAUCAACAAAUGGAAGCUUUUUAUCAAGAUUAUAUAA